CGCCCCGCUUCCGGCCGGCGCGUCCCCGUCCCGGGGCGGGGCGGGAGGAGCCAUGGAGGACGCCGAUUACCUCGAGGGCAGCGCGGCGGAGUGGGGCAACGAGGCGGACGGAGGGGCGCAAGACGAUGAAGAUGGAGAGGGAGAAGAUGAUGCUGAAGUGCAGCAAGAAUGCCUGAAGAAAUUUUCAACCCCAGACUACAUAAUGGAGCCGUCUAUAUUUAACACGUUAAAGAGAUAUUUCCAAGCAGGAGGUUCUCCAGAGAAUGUUAUCCAGCUCCUCUCAGAAAACUACACUGCAGUGGCGCAGACUGUAAAUUUGCUGGCAGAGUGGCUCAUUCAGACAGGUGUUGAGCCAGUGCAAGUUCAGGAGACUGUAGAAAACCAUUUAAAGAGCUUACUUAUCAAGCAUUUUGACCCUCGGAAAGCAGAUUCCAUCUUUACAGAGGAAGGAGAGACUCCAGCCUGGCUUGAGCAAAUGAUAGCACAUACUACGUGGAGAGAUCUCUUUUACAAGUUGGCAGAAGCCCAUCCUGACUGUUUAAUGCUUAAUUUUACUGUGAAGCUUAUAUCUGAUGCUGGAUAUCAAGGGGAAAUAACCAGUGUUUCAACAGCUUGUCAGCAACUGGAAGUGUUUUCCAGAGUCCUGCGUACAUCUCUGGCAACAAUUUUAGAUGGAGGAGAAGAAAACCUUGAAAAAAACCUCCCUGAGUUUGCUAAGAUGGUGUGCCAUGGAGAACAUACGUAUCUCUUUGCUCAAUCUAUGAUGUCCAUAUUAGCUCAAGAAGAGCAAGGAGGGUCAGCUGUCAGACGGAUUGCUCAGGAGGUUCAGCGAUACGCUCAUGAGAAAGGCCAUGACGCUAGUCAGAUCACUUUAGCACUGGGUACUGCAGCCUCCUAUCCUCGAGCGUGCCAGGCUCUCGGUGCGAUGUUGUCCAAAGGAGCGCUGAAUCCAGCCGAUAUCACAGUCCUGUUCAAAAUGUUUACAAGCAUGGACCCGCCUCCAGUAGAACUGAUUCGAGUACCUGCCUUUCUGGACCUCUUCAUGCAGUCGUUGUUUAAGCCAGGUGCUAAGAUCAACCAGGACCACAAACACAAAUAUAUUCACAUACUGGCGUAUGCAGCUAGUGUAGUAGAGAUGUGGAAAAAGAACAAAAGAGUCAGCAUAAACAAGGAUGAACUCAAGUCAACUUCAAAAGCCAUUGAAACCGUUCACAACCUGUGUUGCAAUGAGAACAAAGGAGCAUCAGAGUUGGUCGCAGAACUGAGCACUCUCUACCAGUGCAUCAGGUUCCCAGUGGUGGCAAUGGGUGUAUUAAAGUGGGUGGAUUGGACAGUGUCAGAACCACGGUACUUCCAACUGCAGACUGAUCACACCCCAGUCCAUCUGGCAUUAUUGGAUGAGAUCAGUACGUGCCAUCAGCUGCUUCAUCCCCAAGUUCUACAGCUUCUUGUCAAGCUUUUUGAAACAGAACAUUCGCAGCUUGAUGUAAUGGAGCAGCUGGAGCUGAAGAAGACUCUCUUGGAUAGAAUGGUGCACUUACUCAGUCGAGGAUACGUCCUGCCCGUCGUCAGCUACAUCCGCAAAUGCCUGGAGAAGCUAGAUACCGAUAUCUCGCUCAUCAGAUACUUUGUUACAGAGGUGCUGGAUGUGAUUGCUCCUCCAUAUACCUCAGACUUUGUACAGCUUUUUCUUCCAAUCUUGGAAAAUGAAAGUAUUGCAGGUACUAUUAAAACAGAAGGAGAACAUGAUCCGGUCACUGAGUUCAUAGCUCAUUGCAAAUCUAACUUUAUUAUGAUGAACUAAGAAGUGGAAAACAUCAAGAAUGCAGAGCACAUGAUCACUACUUUGCUGUACUCUCUGCCAGUAAGAUUCACAGCAGCAAAAAAAACCCCAAACCACCAAAACCAACAAACCCGAAACAAGGAAGAAAGGGCAGAAGGGCAUUUGAUUGACCUGUGUGGGGACCUUGAGCUUCAUAUCAGAGGACUGUUAAUGUACUUCAGAAAAUGGAAUAAUAGUGAAGGAUUUUCUGUAUAAAUCUGAACAUUCUGAUGGCAGGGGGUAGCAGGAGACAAACAGAUUUAUUUCAAAGAAUGUUAUUUUGGUUAUUUGCAGAAUUUGUCAAUGAUUCUUUGUGUAGUGUAAAAACCUGAAGAAGGGGGAAUGUAGUUCCUACUAAAACCACUUUGCAGAUAGUUCUCUGAAGACUAAAUUUGAACGCUUUAGGUUUCCACAACUAGGAAUUUGUGUGACUGGCUCUGUGCUGCAGAGAAGCCACAACGCCUCUUUCUCACCUUUGCAUUGUAUUAGAAUUCUAAAUAUCCUACAUAUUUACUGCUAUGAAGAAAACAUUUUGUGUGAUGCAAGUGGAGUUAUAACAAUCAAGGUUAGUUUUGUAUUAACAGAUGAAUCCUAUGUGAGUGUGUUAUCUUUAAGAAUCUAUUUUUGUUAAAUAGGUGCAUCAGGUGUUACUGGUAAGUUUCAUUACCAUCUCUAAAUUCUACGCUGUCCAAAAAUACGAAUGUGUGCAGAAAUUGCAUUACUGCUUGUUGUGGCUUCGUUUUUAUACUUAUCUCUACUCUGUCCUGGUCGAUGCCAAACAGUGGGGGAUACACCCAAGAUUAUAACUUACCUUUAAAUAAAGGUUUUUUUCUUUUUCA